AUGCACCACGCACGUCAUCCCGAGGUUGCAAGGAUGAAGGCGCAGCACAGGCCACCGAACGAGGCCGAUCGCGCUAAGUUUAUCCAGCCCUCACGCCAUCACAGUCACCACUACACUUCCACACGACCACCAAGCCCGCCUACUACCCCACGGACUCCCGAAGUCUUUUCAGUCAAAGAAUUCAGCAAGUUUCCGACCGCUAUGAGCAACUUUGGAGGCGCCGGACUUGGGCAAAAGGUCCAGAAGCCGAAUCCGCCAGAGCGCGGCUCAUUCCCUCUCGACCACGACGGAGAAUGCAAGGACAUCAUGCUCUCGUACCUCCGAUGCAUCAAGUCGCAUCGUGGGACCAACGACCCUGAAUGCCGCGGCCUCUCCAAGUCAUACUUGUCGUGUCGCAUGGAUCGAAACCUGAUGGCCCCGGAUUCCUUCAAGAACCUCGGCUUCGGCGAAGACAGUGACGGCCCUGCCACCACCGCUGCAAACACAUCUCAAUCAUCACACCUCCACGGCCAAGACAAACCUCGCGGAACUUAG